AAAAAAUUGACCCCCAAACAUCGCCUUUUAAUUUCGUCGCCAUGGUUUUGGUCCGCUUCAGCGUGGUCUCCCUGGCCCCUCCCGGUGUCGUCCUGGCCGUGUCCGGCAGCUGCGCGUCGCUGGGAAAAUGGAGCUGCGACGCGGCCGUGCCGUUGACGGGGCGCCAUGGGGCGAAGCGCCGCAGCACGGAGCCGGACUUCCACAGCGUGGAGCUGGAGAUUCCGGAGGCCGAGAGUGAGCUGGUGGAGUACAAAUUCUUGGAGCUUGGGGACAUCAAAUGGGAGGAGGGUCCGGACGGGAAGAAUCGCAUUUUGAAAGUGGAGGAGAAGGAUGUCAUUCACCGAGAUGAUGGAAAAAUCCUCCUGCUGCCGGUGGAACGCUGGGAGCCUCAUUGGUCUGAGAAAAAGAUCACCAGCUACUUCUACAAGGGGGUGCUGCAUCAGUUGUUUGUGGGUUCGUGCCCUCGACGGCGUUCCCACAUCGAGGACUUGAAAAAACGGGGCAUCACCACCGUCUUCAACUUUCAAACAGAAGAUGACUGCAAGACAAAUUGCAUCCCAGACAUUGGCAUGGAUAAGAAUCCCUUGGCCGUGGGCAAGAUUUAUGAAGCUGAAGGCAUGGAAUAUAUCUGGAUGCCAACCUGGGACAUGGACACUGCCGGUCGGGCAAAUAUGUUACCUCAGGCAUCCUUUCUUCUCGCCCAGCUUUUGCGCAAGGGUCACAAGGUCUACUGCCACUGCAAUGCGGGAGUUGGCCGCAGCACGGCCGCAGUCUGUGGAUAUCUGACCUUUGCCUUGGGCCUCUCCGUGCGUGAAAUGCAACAUGUGAUGGCCAGCAGUCGCCCCGUGACCGUCUUCAACUUGGGAGCCAUUGAGGAGGCGCGGCCGCAUUACAAGGCACGCUACGAGGUGGAUGCGGAGAUGCAGCCAAAGGCCGAUUUGAGGCAACACCACGGUGUAAAGCUGACCCCGGAGGCGGUACGGGCAUCGGUGCGUGGCUCUCGCGCCCUGCGAGGCCGCUUCUUGCCCGAUCGCGCCCUAGAUGUGCUGGAUGAUGCAGCCACCCUGGCAUCCGCACAGGCAGAGGAACUGAACCUAGGGCAUCCUAGGGCAAUGUCAACCGCAGUUGGAAAAUCUGCAGGAUCGUUUUUUUCUUUUCUUUUCUCUCUCUCUCUCUCUAUAUAUGUAUAUGUAUAUGCAUAUGUAUAUGUAUAUGCAUAUGUAUAUGUGUAUGUAUAG